AUGGCCGGCCAAAACACCAUGGCCAACUCUUCCCCGCUGAGGAGGAGCCAGCUGCUGUCCAGCCCCGACCGGAGCUAUCUCUCCAACCUUCUCCUAGACGGUAGAAAUACCGAGUUCAAACACCUGGACGCUCUGGCGGCCGCUCAGCUGGAACAUGACCGAGUGCGAGAGGCCGCGAUCCGCGUGUACGAGCUGCACGAGCUCAGGGAGGAGCACAACCGCAUUCUGGAGCAGGAGCGCUGGGAGCUCGAGAGAUUAAAAGCCGAGGCUGCCGUUGCCGCCGAGGAAAAGAGGCUGCAGGAGCUCAGGGCAAAGUCGAUACCGAAAUCCCCGCCCGAGCCCGAGCCGGAGACGGCCAAGCCUUCUGGCGCGCCGUCGCCGCCGCCGUCGGCUGGGGGGACGCUCGAGACGAAGAAAUCCGAACCUGCUGCGAAGGCGGAGACCAGGGCGCUGCCGAACGGGUUAGUCUUCAGUUUGGGUAAGCCAGCAGCAGCGGUGAGUGGCCCGGCUGGCGCGGGCGACCACAACUCGAGCCAAUCUCAGCAAACGACCUUGAGCCCGAAGCAAGACGGCCUUUCGAGGGCACCCGAGAGACCUUUUGCAGCUCAGCAACCCACGGCCCAGCCCCAGGUUCAAGUGCAAAAGCAGCAGCAGCAGCAGCAGCAGCAGGAGCAACAACAACAACAACAACAACAACAAAAGACCUCCCUCGAUCCAGUUUCCGAACGGUAUGCGGAAAUUCACCAAGCCCUCAAACAGCUGCGCAGAGAUGUCGUCGCCGCGUCCAAGGUGGCGGGAUCACCCCUCAAGGGCAAAGUCGGCGCCAUUCGAAGAGAAAUACGCGUGUCGAUCGGCCAGCUGACAGGCGGCAAAGGAGCCAACGCGCAGCCGACGAGCAGAAUCAUGGCGCUGCUGAGGCAGUCGCUUGAUGGGCAGCUUCCCAGCCCCCCCGUGGAUGUCAAUCGCUUCGUGGUGGUGCCGCGCGAGGCCUCGGCCCAGGACGUGCCGCACAACGACGCCACUCUGCCGUCGUUUUUCAUCUACCUCGUCAACAUCCUCGCCAAGGGCGUCAUCAACCAGUUCAUCAACGAGUGCGGGGCCAAUCCAAAAGCCGCCGACCCCAUCGGCGUCUUCGCGGCCCAGAUAUUCUCCCACUGGGACUUUUCGUGGCGCGGCGAGUCCAUCAUUGACAUACUCGUGGCCAAGCUCAGGGUCGCCUGCCCCGUCCUCUUUGGCUCCCGGGGCAACGACACGACGGAGAGGGGCCGACGAGCGCUGGGCUGGAAGAAGGACGGGCCGUCCUGGGUGCCCGAGCAGAACCACAACGACAGGAUGGCCGGGCUCGGCGCCGGGUUCGCCGCCAUAUCCCUGCGCGACUUCAGCAAGGCGUCCAACAAGGCGAACCCGUUCCCGCCGACCAACUACUGGAGGGCGUUUGCCUGCAUCGUCAACUGCCCGGCGGGCGAAAUCUCCAACACGCAGCUCGUGGUGCUGCGGUCCAUGAUUGACGGCCACGAGCAGCGCUUCCUCAACUUUUACGGAAACGCCGCCCUGGCCGCCCUGAGGCUCGCCCUGGUCGAGUUUCCCAAAAGGGCGCCUGCCAACUCGCCGGCGGCCGGCUCUCUGCGAGCCUUGGCGGAUAUUCUCCGCUCGGACGGGGGCCUCGUGCUGGCGUGA